AUGAGUGCACAUAAACAACCGACCACUGGAGUUAACUGGCAAGUUGGACAAAACCAAAAUGCGUCAGCUGCCUUGUUUAUUUGCCUUGCUUCUUGGGCGGACUUUCCUAUACAGCUCGGGUGGAACGAGCCACUGCAGUUUCGGCACGUUAUACCCAUUUUAAGGGCUUUGCCGCAAUUAGCUGAAGAGCAGAUACGUCGUUGCAUGAUAUUCGGCAUAGUUGUUGUAUUUUUUCAAGCACGAGGACAAGACCUGAUGUCGAUCACAAAUUCCAAAAUGACGGGCACAGCAGUAAAUCACUGA